UGUUUUUUUCCUAAGUUAUGAGGCCUUAGUUAUCGAUAUCUGCAGGCAUAAGGAAGGGGAAUGCAAGAACUGAUCCCUCAAAAGCCUUCAAAUUCUCACCAUUUUUCCAGUUUCUGCACUUCAGACAUCCAACAGAGCUUCGUUUCACAUUCAUGGAGAAAAAAGAAGCUAAAUUCAGAAUCCUUAUGUUUCCAUGGUUAGCUCAUGGACACAUAUUUCCCUUUCUUGAACUCGCCAAAAGACUCUCAAGAAGAAACUUCUCCAUAUAUCUCUGCUCUACUGCUAUCAAUCUUGAUUCCAUCAGAACUAACACCGGAAAAGAUGUAUCAGAUGAUCCCUUAAUACAACUAGUCGAACUCCAUAUUCCACCAUCAUCAGAACUCCCUCCUGAGUUGCACACAACCAAGAAUUUGCCUUCCAAUCUUCUGACAACCCUUAUACAGGCCCUUCAAAUGUCAAGUUCCAGCUUCUCAAAUAUAAUGAAUUCUGUCAACCCUGAUCUGCUUAUAUAUGAUUUCUUCCAGCCGUGGGCUCCAAAGCUUGCUUCAUCCAAAGGUAUACCUUCCGUUUUUUUUUCAUCUGCCGGUGCAACAUUAUUUGCCUUUUACCAUCAUAUAUAUACGGAGGGGGCUAGUUCCACUUUCCCUUAUCAGGCAAUAUACCUCCUGGAUCAUGAGAACAACAAUUUUCGUGGUCGUGUGUUGCCAAAUUUAAAAGAUGCUGACGAAGAUUUUGCAUUUGGGAAUUUCAAACUCUCUACUGAUGUAAUAUUGAUGAAAAGCUCUAGAGCUGUUGAAGGGAAGUAUAUCGAUUAUCUAUCAAGUAGGUGCAAGAAACAGAUAGUGCCCACCGGUCCACUUAUUGCUGAUGCUAGUGGCGAUGAUGAUGAGAAGUUCUCAGAGAUCAUGAGGUGGCUGAGUGAGAAACAAGAGUAUUCAACUAUAUAUAUUUCCUUUGGAAGUGAGUGUUUCUUGUCCAAGGAUCAGAUAGAAGUAAUAGCAAAAGGGUUAGCACUUUGUAAUGUCAACUUUUUAUGGGUUGUAAGGUUUCCCAUUGGGGAGAAGAGUAGCAUCAAAGAAGCAAUGCCCGCAGGCUUUCUUGAAACUGUCAAAGACAGAGGGAUCAUAGUUCCUGGAUGGGCACCACAGACAAAGAUUUUAGCCCAUCCUAGUACUGGUGGUUUUGUAAGCCAUUGCGGGUGGGGCUCUAUCAUGGAGAGCAUGUACUUUGGUGUUCCAGUUAUAGCCAUGCCGAUGCAAGCGGAUCAGCCAAUAAAUGCCAGACUUGUGGUAGAGACUGGUGCUGGAGUAGAGGUCGAAAGAGAUGGGAAUGGACACUAUUUGGCAGAAGGAUUGGCGAAAGCAAUAAAUAAAGUGACUGUGGAGAAACCAUUUUGUGAAGAACUGAGGGAUAGAGGGAAAAGAUUGAGCGACUCAAUCAAAGAGAGCGACGAACAAGAGGUGGAUGAAGUAGCAGAGCAGCUUUUGAAGAUUUGUAUGAAAAAUAAGAAACAAAGUGAGAUAACAAAUUCCAGAUUAGGCAGUGAAAAGUGAGUUGAUUUUAAGGAUGUAUGGUGUUAAAUUUGAUAGGUUCACAUGACGGAGUCUCUUGAUCUCAUUAACUUAUUGUAUGUAUGGUUCUUGCAAGAAUAGUAACUGUAUUAAUUUUCUCCAUUCACCUGAUCGCAGCUACAACUUUCCCUUGUAUGGUAGUACUGAAUGACAGUCUUUCAGUUUGAA